CAUUCACAUAAAAUAAUAUAAUUUUACAUACAUAUGGCACUUAUACCUGCUUACAGGCGACCCGAAGCAGGCGACCACAUCUACUGUCGAAGACAGGGAGGACUAUACGAUCACCAUGGAAUAUAUGUGGGCGACGACAUGGUGGUUCAUCUCCAAGGAAAAGGAAAGAAACUUGGUGCGCCAUCUGAAUGCAACAAAUGUGGAAACAAGCGAUUCAUCAAUGGCGAAAUAGCCAAAGUAUGCAUCGAUUGUUUCCUCCAAGGAGAAACAGUUGAGAUCUAUGAGUAUGGAGUUCCUUUAUUUAUAGUCACUACCAGAAAACUCGGCACCUGCUCUAGCGUCCCGUCCAAGCCUCCCCAUGAAGUUAUCGAGGCCGCCGUCUAUUACCUCGAAAAAGGGUUUGCCCCCUACGACCUGAUCUCAAACAAUUGCGAGCACUUCGCCGUGUAUUGCAAGACAGGAAGGGCCAUAAGCCUCCAGGUUGUGCGCCCUAUUGUUAACCCAUGUAAUAUAAUGUAAUAAAUUUUUGUUUGGUUUUGUAUUAAAAAACUCUACUAAUAUAGUCCUAAAUAAAUUAAAUAUAUUAUGUCAAA